CGCUCCCGACCAUGGAGUCAGAUAACUACAAUAUGAAGCGCUGUAUGAUUGGACGUGAAAAAUUGCGCUCCAACUUUGCAAUUUCAAAGUUUUGCAAAAAAGCGUUGUUGGAAAUGGAGCCAAAUUGUAAAUAAAUUCGACAGAAAUGUAUCGUGCAUUGGACACUUGUUGGUGCCGAAAUGAAUUUUAUUUAUUGAAGUGUAUAGCGCGAUCGGGAAAACUUCAGUGUAACAUGGAACGUCCCAAGACUUAUUAGUUAAGUGAUCGUGGUACUUUAAUAGACAAAAAUUAGAAGGUAUUUCAUUUUUUGCCGAUCAUUUAUUACGACGACUCUGUGAUUCUAUAUGGGAAACUGUCGAUGAUAAUGCAAGACCUCAUAUAUUUCAGAUCUGCAUUGGAAGAAAACAAUCAAAAAGCUCCAGAGGGGCGACUUUUCCAGCCUAGAAUGUCGCUGCUGGGAAAGCCCCUAAACUACAGAGCAUCUCGUCGUGAUGCCAGAUAUAGAAGAUUACAGACCCGGAUUCACAAUUUUCUAGAAAGGCCUAGAGGGUUCGCAUUCAUUUACCAUUUCCUGGUGUUUGUUCUGGUCUUCACUGGUUUGGCUUUAAGCGUGUUCUGUACUAUUCAAGAAUUUGAAAAGCAAGCAGGCGAUGUAUUGGUGUACAUGGAAUCAAUCGUCUGCACCAUCUUUUUCUUUGAAUUAGUGCUAAGAACGUGGUCCUCAGGAUGCCGAUCUCGCUACCAAGGCUUUUGUGGUAAAUUAAAAUUCCUAAGGAGCCCUUAUUGCCUCAUAGAUAUUGCGACCAUAAUAGCGUCAGUAGUAGUUGUGAUAAUUACCAUCAAAUCCGGAGGCCAAGUGCUGGCCGCGAGUGCUUUAAGAGGUUUGAGGUUCUUUCAAAUAUUGAGAAUGGCUCGUAUGGAUAGACGAGGAGGAACCUGGAAACUUCUAAUAUCAGUCAUUUACGCACACCGACAGGAAUUAAUGACAACAUUAUAUAUUGGAUUUCUAGGCCUAAUUUUGGCAUCGUUCGUUGUUUUUCUAGUAGAAAAAGACUUACCCAAUACGAAGUUUACCAAUUUUGCUCAAGCCUUGUGGUGGGGCGUGAUAACGCUAUGCACUGUUGGGUACGGCGACAUGGUUCCAGAGACUUGGCAAGGGAAAAUUAUUGCAUCUUUUUGCUCUUUGCUGGGAAUCUCGUUUUUCGCUCUACCAGCUGGAAUUUUGGGAUCCGGAUUUGCCCUCAAAGUGCAAGAACAACAGAGGCAGAAGCACAUGAUUAGAAGAAGGCAACCUGCUGCCACGCUUAUUCAAUCUAUUUGGAGGUGUUACGCUGCUGAUGAAAAAUCAAUGUCCGAGGCAACUUGGAAAAUUCAUCAAGUUCGAUACAGUCCUCCAGCAAGGUUAGCUAGUAGCUUUCGACACAAUGCUUCUUUCGUUGGACGAUUUUCAACCAUUCGACGAAAUCGAAGUCCAGCACCAUGUACCAUUCCACCAUCUCCAGCCCGCGUUCAUAACAAAACACUUGCCAGAAUGAACUCAACUUCAGAUUAUGUUGGUAGCAGGAACAGUAGCUACGGAAACAGGAAUAAUUUAAACCCCAACUUCAUUGACGAUUCUACUGCAGUCAACGACACUAAAAUUAAUGUCGAGAACCAGGAUGAUGAUGAUGACGAGCCACAACUACUGCAACUCACCUCCCAACACAAAGCAGCUAUCAGGGCAAUUCGCAAAAUAAAAUAUUUCGUUGCUCGACGGAAAUUCCGAGAGGCUCUAAAGCCAUACGACGUUAAGGACGUUAUUGAGCAGUAUUCUUCUGGUCAUGCAGACUUGCUAAAUCGGGUGAAAAAUCUGCAAUACAGAUUGGAUCAAAUUCUUGGAAAACAAGGUUCGAAGUCCAAAGACGUGUACGUUUCAAAGAUUUGCUUAGCUGCCAGAGUCGUUACUGUAGAGAGACAAGUUGAUGAUAUCUACUCAAAGAUCGAUCAGUUCUUCGACCUAUACAUGGAGGAUCGAAAGUGUUUUAUUCCAAACACUAGUCACCGCCAGAUGGUUCCUACGGGUUCUCCACUUGACGAUGAUGACGAUAUUCCACCCGCAAGUUUGAAAACAGGAACAACCAUCACAAACCACUGGAAUUCUGGAGUAAAGCCCAAGUCAAUUCUUGUAGAAAAACAAUCGUCGGUUCCCAGCUUGCCCAACAUCAGAGAAUUGGAUGAUAAUGGAACGGAAAUUUCCUUCAUAAACCGCCCUAGAUAUUAUCGUGGAUAUUCGGAUAGCGGAACUCGAUUGAAGAAACAUGUUACUCUCAGUUCUCCGUGCUCAUAUUCCGAGAUGCCAUACAACGGCCGAAAAAGAUCUGACGAAGACAACGAAAUAGUGACUCUAAUUGUACCACAGAUCCAAAAAAAAUCGCUACUUAGAGUACCAUCUGAUGGUGACGAAGCCAAAAGUACGCAAAGUUCACCAGAGUUUCCCGAGCCUUCUACCUCAGGUCUAUCUACCGAGGUAUCACUCGACAACGAAUCUGGAGAAAACGGUUAUGAAGACGAGGACUAUGAUGCUGCAGAUAACUCCGAUCAUGAAUUAGACGAAGAGGCGGAUGAAAUCGAAGAUGAAGCCAACGAAACAACCUUACUCUGUCCUGCCGCAAACCAAAACGAAAUUAUAAUUACUCCAAGUACUCUCAAUUGUGCAUCGAAAGUGGACGUAGCUACUGAAGAUAUCUACAUGACCAACUUCAAAGUACCACAUAAACGUUAUCAUCGAGAUUAAUUGUUUACAGCGCUCAUUCCUAGUCAAAAACUGCUAUAGCAAAGAACAUUAGGUCAUGAAUCAGUCAAAAUGUUUCCAGGCCGGAAUAAAGUGAGUAUCGAAUUUCCCAUAUAAAAAUAAUUUUUGCGGUAUGUAGUUUCUCUUGACUGUAGUGAUUUUUCGCAUACUUGAGUGAUUUGGAUCUGAGAUGUCAUUGUUUUUUUUUUGGAUUUGCUCCUUGUUGUAGGUAUUUAUUCAAUAACAUUAAGAUUAAAGUAAUGCAUUAGUGUUUGGUUUGUUAAAUAAUAGUUCAUUUUGAAACGUAAAGAAAUUUAUUCAGUACUGUAACUUCAACACAACUGUUCAACAGUGCAUCGCAUUUUAAAUGAUUGAGCCAAUCCAUUUACUCAUAGCUUUUUUUUCAAUUCAUCAAAUCCUUUCAAUGCUUUCUGUCAAUUAGAUAUUAUUCUGUUUGAGACAUUUGGCCCCCAUUGCGUAAAAAUAGUGUUGAUAUGUUGAUGUUGGUACGGAGGCGAAGAAUUAUUUUUUUUUGCUAAUAGAUUAAAAAUUGAUCUCAUUUAAGGUGAACAUGAAUAUUUAAUUUAAUGUAGGUACUACCUUAGUUUCUGCUAUGUUUUCACUCUUCUUAAAUUUAUCACAAUUAAAUUCAUAUUUUAACAUUCAAUAUUUAAUAUUGAAUUUUUUCACUCUCUCUUAGCGUUAUAUAUAAAUAAUUAUGGUGCUCUCCAUAUGUAAUUAUUGUAGAUACAUAAAUAAAGCGCUUGUCUAUUAAAAUGUAUUAUUCGCAGUUGUAAAGCAGGAUUCAGUGAGUUAAGAGAUAAGCUUAAGAAAAUCUAGUAAGAAAAAGUGAAGGAAGUCAUAAUAGCACUUUGAAAAAGUUUCUAAAAUAUUUUAUCUCAUGUCGUAAUAAACAUUUCUAGACAGGUGACUUUAUAAGUUGAGAUGUAAGACUAAUGUUUAAUGUUUUAUAUUUACCGUGCUCAACUCACAAUAACCAUUUUCAUGCAAAACAGAUCUGUUCUAGCAAAAAAAACGAAUAUUAGCGGAAUUCUCCAUCGAUGGGCGGAUUUUACAGAGGAUUUAUAACAUUUUCGAGAUAAAUAUGUACUAGUAUUUUAUGUUUAGUGGGUAAAAUAUAACAACUACAAUUCCUGUCGCACUGGUAAAACUGUAUCAACAUAUUUCAAAUAGUUGCAUUGGCUGAUUUUUCAGUCAUAAAUGUGUGAAAUAAGGUACAAGGUUUGGUGGCGUCAAAAGCAAUCACUCAGACCAGAUCCUCACCUAAUUCUGUAUUUAAGUGCAGGAUUUUGGAUGUGCCAAUUGCAAGCUAAACCCAGCGGAUAAGAGCUAAUAGGUCCUAAACCCGUCUUGGGACAGCUUGUUUUGACACAGCCAAAAACCUAUUCCUUAUUUGUUCUUGUAUGUUGCCUAUGGAACGGAAGUGUUUUUGCCCAUUGUCAUAA